CACGGAAAGACCCCAAUAUCUGUGGCCCAUCAAGCAAUAGAAUCAGCUCGCACUCUGAAAUGGGCUUCUAUUGACCGCAAUAUGAGAUGCGGUAUGUCAUCCAAUACCUGGGCCCUGCCGCAGCUACCGAAUCGGAGCGAAUGUCCAUUGCUGUCGUGGGAUUGUCCCACUGCGACGCCCGAGAACGUUACGCAGACUAGCUCAUAACCCGAUCACCUACAUUAACACUCUGUCUUGAACGAUCCCUCUACAGUCCGGGAUGCCUAACAAUCGGUUUUCAUUCUCCUUGCCUACGGGUCUCAAGGUAACCCUCACCGCCGCCAUCUACGGGAAGCUGUCGUCAAAGUCUCGUAGCCCAGCAGAUGCUGUCCUACAAUCCAGGUCCGACCAAGCUCCAACAAGGAACGGAAAGCGUGUCGAUAACACAACCACCAUCAGCGUCCACGUAGUAGAAGAAACAGAACAAGAAGUCCCCCAGCCCACAUAUUCUCCAGAAGAAGACCCGGAGGAGAACACUGCCAAACUCACAUCCCUCGGCAUCAAAGUCCGCGACUUUGCCCCUUCAUCCGCUUCCUCUUCCUCUUCCACCCCUCCCGUCGUCGAACUAUUCAACCACCACAUCGCCAUCGCCGAAUACGAACUCCGAAUGAGGGAAACCCCCCGCGUUUCUCCCAUUUCUGGGAAGAUGCUCUACCGACUCGUGAAUAUGGGCUGCAUAACGAGAGAGGAGGCUCGAAAGCGGUGGCAUCGCAUGGAUUGGGAUUCCUUACGCUCUUAUGAGGCGAUGGGGAAGCCCUACCCGUAUCGUACCAUUCAGAGUCUUUCGGUCCCGACGACUAGGAAGGAGAGGGAGAGGAUUAUGGAGGAGUGGGGUCAUUAUGUGGUGUUUUAUGAUCAUGUCAGGGCGAAGUCUUGUAAGGCGGAGAGCAAGGCUGUUAAGGCUCGGGAAGCGCGUCAGAUGGCUUACUUGGAGGUGGAAAAAGCUAAUCGGGAGGCCUUUGGUGUGGACUUGGCAGUCUGUCCAUCUGUUGGGGUCUCUCGUGAGAGAUGCAUAGGACCGUCGCUGAGGAGGAAACGACCGACGAUGGAUGGGAAUAACAAGCCUGAGGUGGUAAUACACUGCGACUCGGCGGCUUCACAACCUGCCUCAAUUCCGAAUCAACAAUGUUCGUUAUCAUUGCAAAGGAUUGAGGGGCGGCAAUGAAGAAGGGUGGUAAAAUACUUUAGGUUUGGAAUAAGUACAGGGUGUAUUAAUAUACGUAUGGGAUAACUGUAAUAAGCUACAUAGAGG